AUGGCAGAUCUACAGCAAGAGCACAAGAUAAUCGAGGAAGUAGACCGGCUAGCGAAACCCGCCAGCACAGAGGCGGAGAUGCUGAAUGGAGAGACGGGGGCAGAUGUGAUUAACAACCACAAGAAGCAAGCCGAGAGCGAGAAGGCCAAGGAGAAGGAGGAGGUGGAGAAAGAGGAGAAAGGGCAGGAGAAGCUGCCAAAGCUAAGUGCUGCCGAGUUCAGAGCCUACAACAGCAUGGCAGACCACAUGGAGUAUUUCCACAACCACUUCCGCCAAUCUUGGACCCUGCUCUACAAAGCCUGCGAGAGCAACGCCCGCCCGCGCAACCUCUCCCUCAGACAGUUCAUCUCUACCGGCCUGCAGUUCUGCUCGCACCUCGCCACACACCACGCCAUCGAGGAGCAGCACAUCUUCCCGGUGCUCGCCACCAAGAUGCCCGAAUUUAGGCAGGGCAAGAAUGCGGCCGAGCUGUUGCGGCAGCAUGAGGAGAUCCACAAGGGCAUGGAUGAGUUUGAAGCGUAUCUGGAGAAGUGUAAGAGUGGCGAGACGGAGUUGCAGUUGAGUGUGUUGAAAGAGAAGAUGGAUUCUUGGGGAACAGUGCUGUGGACGCAUUUGGACCAGGAAGUUAAGACCCUCGGUGCGGAAAAUAUGAGGAAGUAUUGGACGGUAGAGGAGAUGAAGAGGAUGCCCAUGUGA